UUUAGUACAGAGUUGUACUAAUUUAUACUAUAUUUCUGACACUUAUGAUAGAUUGAAUAGAGUACUAAACUAGAGAUUGGAAUCAAGGCAAGAAAGGGCAUGUGCCUCAGGGUCAGGGACUAGCGAUGGGUGCUGCAACCUGCAAGUGCGUGCAUGAAGGUUCUCUGUGGCUUCCCAUUUUAGACCGCCCUGACGAUAGAGCAGAGGCGGAAAGCGGCAUCCAUGAGUGCCCAGCUGCACUCCCUGUAUGCGCCAGCGACGUCGACACACUUGGCACCUUGAUCCAGCGUGCAUCCACAGAGUGCAGCCGGGCACUCAUGGACACCGCGUUUCGCUUCUGCUUCAUCGCCUGCAAGGUAUAUAUGCAUCCACUACUUUAUUGCAUACCUCUUGCCGAACACAUCGAAAAUCUUGAAGGCAUGGACAUGAUCGAUGGUGAGGGGGAGACAAGCAAGACAGCAAUUCCAUAUAGAACGAGCCACGUGGCAGCAGAUACUACUAAGCAAAAACUUACCGGUGGCGGUCUGAAAAGGGGAUUAGAGGCGGCAGGUCACUCGACCAUCACUGAUCGUGCGCCAAUGAUGGUGUACCCCAUCAAUGACGAGCUAGCAUCUGCAGAACCGCGAGUGAUGUAUUUUCAGGAAAAAUAA